AUCUUGCUUAUCGUGCUUUGACUAAAUUAAUUGAUGUAUUGAUAAUAAAUUGUGCUGUGAAAAUCAUAAUCUUUUAUCGUUUUAGGUUUAAAAAACUUCUUCAAGCUUAUUGAAUUCAUAGCUAGAUUCAUCGUCUAUUAAAUCAUGUCAUUGAUUUGUGCUUUAAGUAAUGAGCUACCUGAGGUUCCAGUUGUCUCACCGGUUUCUGGUUCAAUUUUUGAAAAACGUCUUAUUGUUAAAUAUAUCAAAGAGCAUGGAAAAGAUCCAAUUAAUGGAAUUGAAUUAAAUGAAGAUAUGCUGAUUGAAAUUAAAGUUCCACCCAUAGUUAGACCUAAAGCACCGUCAGCUACUAGUGUCCCAGCUUUACUGAAAACCCUUCAAGACGAAUGGGAUGCAACUGCUCUCCAUGCUUUUCAUCUUCGUAAACAAUUGCAAGCCGCUAGACAAGAGUUAACUCAUGUUUUGUAUCAACAUGAUUCUGCAUGUCGUGUUGUUGGUCGAUUAACAACAGAAGUAACAGCAGCUAGAGAAGCUUUGGCUACUUUAAAACCUAAAACUGAUCCAAAUAUUUCAUUACAAAAUGUUUCCAAUAAUAGUUUCAAUAAUGGUGAUCAUUCAAUGGAAGAAUUGCGACCCGAGGUUGGUAUUACUCCUGAUAUCUUGGAAAAACUGGAAAGCAAAGCAGCAGUAUUGACAUCGGAAAGAAAGAAACGAGGUAAAAGUGUACCAGAAGGUUUAGCCGAUAUUGAUACCAUUAGAGAAAUGAAAACCGUUGCUUCACAUACGGGUCUUCACUCAGCUAGUACAGCUGGAAUUGUUUCACUCGAUAUUUGUCCAAAUGAUGAUUCUAAGCUUCUUACUGGUGGUAAUGAUAAAAUCGCCAUAGUUUUCGACAAAAAUGCUGGACAAGUAGUCACUACACUUAAGGGUCAUACCAAAAAGGUUACAUCAGUUAUUUAUCAUCCUAAUCAAACAACUGCUAUCACUGCUUCUCCUGAUGCAUCCAUUCGAGUCUGGAACUUAGCAAAUAGCAAUACAACUCAUGUUGUUUCGGCUCACGAAGGACCUAUCACAGCGAUUAGCUUACAUGCCACCGGUGACUAUCUUUUAAGUACUUCGACGGAUGAGUUUUGGGCUUUCUCUGAUCUCAAUGCAGGUGUUAUGUUAUGUCGUGUUGGUGACCCAAGUUCAGCUCAUGCUUUGACCACUGCUCAAUUUCACCCUGAUGGUCUCAUAUUUGGUACUGGAACUACUGACUCUUUAAUGAAAAUCUGGGAUCUUAAAGAAAAAAGUAACGUAGCAAACUUUCCUGGACAUAGUGGAUCGAUUUCAGCUAUGGCUUUCUCUGAAAAUGGUUACUACUUGGCUACAGCUGCAGAAGAUUCAACUGUCAAACUUUGGGAUUUAAGAAAAUUGCGAAACUUCAAAACAAUCCAGCUCCAAGAUGGUUAUCAAGUUAAAGACCUUUACUUUGAUAAUAGUGGUACCUAUUUAGCUGUUGCUGGAACUGAUGUUAGGAUAUAUCAUACCAAACAAUGGGAUAAUCUUGUUACCUUUGAAGAUCACACAGGACUAGCCACUGGAGUAAGAUUUGGUGAAAAUUCUAAAUUCUUAGUCUCCACAUCUCUGGAUCGUUCAUUAAAAAUUUAUUCAUCAUCCUAAAAUUCACUUUUCAUCUAAACGUAUAUUCGAAAAAAUUAAACUAUUUCGGAUCACUUUUAGAUAAAUUAUGUGUGUACCAAGAUACUUCGAAAGCAGACACUUUGAGAUUGAUCCUUUCCAUUCAUGAUUUUGUUAUAUUUGUAAUAUAUUUAUUGGUAAAAUGCAUCCAUUCGCGCGAACAUAAACAACAGUUCGGUAAAUGAGAGACUCAUCUUUCAAAAUUGGAACCUUUCAAAAGUAUUUAUCGUCUCUUCUCAAAUUGCCUGUUUUUUGUUAUAAAAUCAUGGUAAAUUUCAACAGUUUAUGUUUAAUCAAACAAUUUCAUUAAUGUGUCCCUCAAUGAACAUCUUAUUACAAUAGAAACAAACUUGGCUCAAGAUUAAUCAAUUAAACCGGCAGUUUUGCUGACAAAAUAUGAUAACAAUUUUGAAUGAGAUCGGCUUCGAGUUAUUUUGAAACUAAACGAAUUUCUUUAUAAGAUCAGCUUUUAAUCCGAGCUAAGGAACCAAGAAAAACUAGGUUCAACAUGUAAUACAUUCAUGAAUGUGACCAAACAAUCCAAUAAAGCAGAAUAAGUUAAAUUAA